UGUCAUUUGUGUUUGCAGUAAAUUUUGUUAUUCAGCAGACAUAAUAGUGGUUAAUAGACACAAAAAGCAUGUCUAAAAUAUGUCGAACAUGUUUGCAAAGGACUAACAGAACUUUUAGAACUUCUCAGGCACUUGGUAAUUUUGGCGAGGGUUCUGUACGGAUUUCAGUGGUUCUGAGGUUUUGCAUCCCUGAAUUAUAUUUGGGGCUAUCUUCCAAUCCAGAAAUAUGUUUUUCUUGCAAGGAGAACUUGAAAGUGGCCUACUUAUUCAAAAAGAAGUGUUUAGAUACCGAAAACAGAAUUGGGAAUUAUUUAAAAAAUGUCCGAUGCACGGGAAAAAGUGUAGAGUUGCACGAUGUACUAGCAUAUAUUAGCGAUGAAAUGCAAACACCAGUAUUGCUUCAGGAAUUACCUCCACCACCAACCAACAUAAUCACUAUACAAAAUGUAGCACCUCCGUUUAAAAACCCAGUUGAAGGUGAAACUGUCGACCAACAACAGGUGUUGGAUGUGCGACAGUCUGCCCCGAAUCCAACAAAUCAAGGAAAAGUUGUAAAUUUUUCGGAUUACCAAAAUGUGGUUAUAAAUCAGAUUAAGUUAUUGAAUGUUGUUCAAACACCCAAUGAUAAAGAUCAGAACUCAUCUCAAGAUACCGCUGGUGGAGAAGCACAAUUCGCUAUGUUACAAAAUUGUGAAAAUGAAGAUCUGCAAGAACAAGACGAUUCAAACAAUUUGUGCAAAAUAUCUGGUGUGUUUUCUCUAAAUAGUGACCUAGAAGAUACAGAUAAAAAUAAUUUUGACACUACGAAUUUCGAAGAUGCUACUGGCAUGGAAACUAAAAUGGAAGACACUGUGGACAUAAAAGAUGAACCAAUAGAUAUCGAUCUUCAUGACGAUUUUAAUUACACCGCAACCGACGAAGAGACAUUAGACGCCUCCGAGACGGGUUCUUUCAAGAACCAUUGCAGUCCGAGCCUUCAAGAGUUCAUAGAUAGCAUUCCAGAAGUAAACCAUCCAGAUCAAUACGUUGACGUUCCCGAUUUUGUGACCAUCAACAACUUUGGUUUUAAGGAGCUCGAAGAGUUCAAAUUACAACAAGUCGAACAGGCCAAUUCCAAACUUGAUAAGAAAACCUCAGAAUCGACCCCGAAUUCCAUCACUUCGGAUAAAAAAGAUACGCUCGCGGAAGCGACAAAAACGGAAAUGAAGGUGGUGAAAGUGUUGACCUCUGCUCCGGAUGUAUUAAUCUUAAAUGGUAAACGGAUGGUGAAAUGCGGUAACCACUACAAAUUACAGGAAGAGCCGCCUGGGACUGGAGAAAUAGCAAAGCAGAUGGCUACUGAGGGAAUGCAUACGACAACUGUAAUAUCCAAUAGAAAGAGGAACAGGAGGAAAAUUAAAAUCAUACCGGUCAGUGAACAACCCGCAGAAAAAAAGUUUAAAAUAGACCCAAAUUCUUUUAGUAUCAAAUUGCCAAAGACAGAAGACAAAGACGUCGUCGUACUCUUCACUAACUAUACUAACGAGGGUGAUUACAUCAACGAUCACGAUUAUCUAAUCAGCCCCUAUAAGAGAAAUAAAGUGUUGAUAGAAGAGAAUUCACAAUGGCUGUGUAUGUGCUUCAUCUGUAACACUAGACACGACUUGUACGAUCACGUCAAGCACAUGAAAUCUCACAGCGCGCAUUGCUCGAUGUGUUCUACGGACCUCGGGACACCGUACAUGCUUAACAUACAUUGUAAAACGCACAAGAGGCCUUGCCGGUACUGUACGGAGGUCUUAUCGUACGGCAUGAUAAAGUCUCAUGAAGAAAAACACGUUGCCGAAGAGCAAGAAAUUAUCGAGAAUACAAGGAAACGGGCGUACUGGAUGAGAAGGGGCAAAAAGAAAAUUAACCGAGAUGAGAAACCGGUCUACUUUCAGAUUCCGAAACAAGAAGUAAACAGUUUAGAAAUAAAAGAAGCAAAUGAUUUGGAGAAAAGCGAUGGAUCCCAGUCGAAAGGGGAUCUUAAAACUGUGAUACCUGAAGAUAAAAGUGUAACUAGCGUUAAUUGCAGGGAGAAAGUGGAGUCUACCAAAAAACGAGGGAGACCCCGACGGAAACCGGACGUAGAAGGUGUCAGCGAGACGGUCGGAAGACCCAGAACACUUAGAGCGAGAGUGAAAAGAUGGUACGUCGAGAGUGACGAUGAGGGUGAGGGUAAUAAAGAAAGUGUUGGUAAUAAAGAAAGUGAUGGUAAUAAAGAAAGUGAUGGUAAUAAAGAGGACUCGUCCAAUGAUAAAGGUACCUUGUCAGAUCCCAAAGAGGAUGAAAACUGAUUUAUGUACUGAUAAGUGUAUAUAGCUUUUAUUUUUUAAUUUUAUUUUAAGAAACGGUAUUUUGACAGUUUCCGACAUAUUUUCGUAUCAUGAGGUCAGUCCUGUACAUACAAUUGUAUCUUGAGUUGAGACCACUUAAUAAUUAACAAUUAAUUGUUUUAUGUUUGUAUUUAUUUAAAUACAUUUAUAAGUGUUUUUAUAGUUGAAUUGUUUAAGAUUUGUAUGUUUU